AUGGCGUCGACCGAGGCCGCGGCGCGCGCGCCCGCGCGAGACGCGUCGGUGGAUCUGGAGUGUGACGAUGAGUUCGAGGAGUUCGAGGCGCGCGAGUGGGAGGACCGCGCGGGGGCGGGACGAGGGGAAGGGAACGGGCGGCAGUGGGAGGAGGAUUGGGACGACGCGGACGCGAAGGAUGAUUUCAGCGCGCAGUUGCGCGCGGAGCUCGAGCGGAAGUGA